AUGGCAAAAACUUUUCAGGGUGGGCUUAAUGAAGUUACAGGUGGGCUGAGCCUACUUCAACCCAUCAGUGGUGCUGCCACUACAUAUGCUGUUUCAAUGGUGACGCCACUUAAAAUCAUCUGUGUAUGGAUUGAUAAAAAUGGACUUAUUUUUAAUCAACCAGAUUUAUCUUAUAAAAAAUUUUCAUCAAUAUUACAACCAUUAAUUUUAAAUUCAUCAUAUUUUUCUUCUUUAAUUAAAUAUAUUCAUUUUCAUGAAACUUAUUCAAAUUCUUUUUGUUUUCCUAAUCUCAAAUCACUUAAGAUUACUCGAUGUUUAUUAUCACAAUUAUUAAUUCAAAUAUUAUCUUUACUUAUUCAAUAUCAAUUGGAAUAA